AUGAAGUACUUCCAAAUCUUCCUCCUGCUCGUCCUCCCCCUCCUAGCCCUGGCCAUGCCAGCUCCCGACCCCAUCGAGGAACUCAAGAGCGCCCUCGUUGCCCGCCAAAACGAUACUAGCGGUGACGAUCUCCUGGGUGGCCUAGGCAAUAUCGGCGGUACCAUUGGCGACAUCAUCAACUCCAUUGGACCUCUCCUCGAUUUGAUCAACCCCGACACCGUCAAGCAGCUGCAGACAAUUAUCACAAAUGCCGCUAAGCUACUGAAUGAUAAGACCACCCAGAAUAUUAUCAACGUUGUCGGAAGCGCCAAUGAACUCCUGACGCCUGAGUUUGUUAAGGCUAUCAGCGGCUUGAUUGAUGCGGUUGCUCCGCUCAUCAACGCCAUUGUUCAGCUCAUCUCCGGUGUUCUCGGAGCUAUCUUUGGCUAA